AGACAACAAACAUUGACUUCGCUGCCAAACAUUGACUCUAGUACCAAACAAGAGACAUUCAUCUCCAAUUUAGAUCUAAGACAACCAAAAUCAGAAGCAACGAAACUUAUAAUCCCAGCUUAUAUACACUCUUCUAAUUCUUCUCAACUUCCAUGGCCAUCCUCAAUGAAUUACCAGAAGAACAAGAAGCGGCAAUGACAUAUGAUGUUUUCCUGAGUUUCAGAGGGAAAGACACUCGUCUGGGUUUUAUGGAUCACCUCUACCAAGCUUUGGUGAAUGAAAACAUCUCUACCUUUCUUGACGAGGAAGAGGUUGAAACUGGGGAAGAACUUAAACCAGAACUUGCAAGAGCUAUAAAAAGCUCUCGUGCUUCCAUAAUCGUCUUGUCUAAGAACUACGCAUCUUCAACAUGGUGUCUGGAUGAGCUGGUGAUGAUCCUUGAGCAACGAAAGGUCUCUAACCAUAUUGUUCUCCCCAUUUUCUACAAUGUUGAGCCGACCCAUGUCAGGAAGCAAGAAAGCACUUUUGGAGAAGCGUUAUUUGAACACAAACAGAGGAUUGAGUCCGAAAAGGAUGUGGAGAAGAAAACUCAAGGUGCUCGUAAGUUGGAGAUGUGGAUGAAAGGACUUACAGAGAUUGCUGAUUUGAAAGGAAAAGAUGCAACUGGAAGAAGAGAGACGGUGGUCAUUGAAGAAGUCGUGAAAGAAAUUACUACUAGACUGGAACUACACUUGCAAAGGAGAAUUCCACACCUAAUUGGGAUGGACGAUUCUAUUUUUACCAUCAGUUCUUGGUUAAAAAGAGGAUCUUCUGAAGCUGCUGAAAUUCUCACAAUUUGGGGAAUGCCCGGGAUCGGAAAAACAACAUUGGCAGAAUAUAUGUUUACCUCGCACUGCCAUAAAUUUGAAAGUAGUAGCUUUGUUGAAGCCAUUGGAAGAAGAUGUGCACAACAGCCAUAUUCGCAACUAGAUUUGCAAAAACAGCUUCUUGGAGACGUUCUAAAGAAAAGAAAGAUUGAAGAAAAUAAUGCAGAUUUAUGCACAUCUAAGGUUGAAAAGGCAUUAUCUAGGAAAAAGGCACUUCUGGUUCUUGAUGAUGUUGAUAACUUUGAGCAACUGGAUGUGCUUAUUGGAACAAAAGGUUUUCAUCCAGGAAGCAAGAUUAUAGUAACAACCAAAGAUGGGUCCCUAACAGAAAAGUGUUCAUUGUUUCGUAUGAAAUUCCCUCCAAAACAUACAAAGCUUGCACUUCAUGGCUUACGUGACACUGAAUCUGUGAGACUUUUAUGUUGGCAUGCGUUUGGAAACAAUGAUCCCAAGAAAGGUUAUGAGAAAGAAGCAGAACGAGUUGCCAAGUUUUGUGGAGGACAUCCAUUGGCUAUUAAAGUUUUGGGUAGUUCAUUAAUUAAUAAAGAUGCAGCCAUAUGGAGUGAUGUCCUUGAAAUGUUGGAGGCAAAAGGAUAUUUAACUGAUGUACAAGAGAAUGUACAAAAGGCUCUGCAAAUUAGCUUUGAUUCUUUAUCAGGGGACUGCAAAGAACUUUUUAAGCACAUUGCUUGCUUUUUUGUUGGAAAAGAAAGAGAAGUUACAGAAACAAUAUUAAAGGAAUGUGGGUUUCAGACAUCAUAUGGGAUCAACAAGCUCAUUGAUAGAUGUCUUCUCACAAUUGGAGGAAGAAAUGAGUUGAGGAUGCAUCAAUUGCUUCAAGAGAUGGGGAGAGAUUUAGUCCGCAAAGAAUCACCUGAUAAGCCAUGGAAGCGUAGUCGUGUAUGGAAACAUGAGGAGUCCCUCGAUUUGUUGAAAAAGGACAAGGGCACCCAUAGAAUUCAAGGUCUUAUCCUUGACACGAAUCUAUUGAGAAAGGAGCUAUCGCAUAGAUCAGGUAGUCUGACAGAGCAUAACUUCCAAAAUGAUGAUGUGAACAAGAGUCUUAGAGCUGCCCAACCAAUCCAGAUGCUUUGGAAGAAGCCAAAGCAUCUUGGGUCAUUGAAGAUUCUUAAUCUGAGUAAUUCCAAGCUUGUUAGAGUCGAAGGCUUCUCCGGGUUACCUGCACUUGAGAGAAGAUCCGGAUAUCGGAGUCAUCCUUAUGGUCUCGUGCAAAGAAACUCCCAAUUCCAGUCCAGAUGUUUUACGAAUUUGGAAUAUUUAGCACAUGUUUUCAUGGGAAAGCAGUUCCAGAUUGGUUACAUCAUAAAAGCAAGGGCAUAG